AUGUUUAUAAAAGUAGUCGCCUCACUCUUGGCAGUCUGCGUGGCCGUGACAAACUCUGCCCUUGUCGGAGCCCCGAUGGAUGCAGACAUAAACAGCCCAGAAGUCCAAAAUGCCCUUUGCUUUGCAAUCGUUCAGCAUAACUCAGGGAGUGACAGCAGUUACAUCAGCCAAGUUGUUAAUGUGAUCAAGGCCCAAAUGCAGAUUGUUUCUGGUAUAAAAUACACCUUCAUUGUUGAGAUGGCCAUCACUUCCUGCAUAAAAGAGGAACCUGAAGAAACAUGUGUUGUCAAUUCAGACCCAGCCAUUGCACAGCCUCAUGAAUGCAAACCUGUAGUGUGGAGCCAGCCUUGGUUGAUGCAGAGCAUGACGCUAACUGAGAAUACCUGCUAA